GCGUGCGAGGAAGCGGGAACGUGUGAGGUCACUUCCUGCGUGUUGGGUGGCUUCCUGCGGCGUUUCCACGCUCGCUCUCCUUUCGUUGCCUGACCGCCGCCAUCAUGGGUCGUAUGCAUGCUCCCGGGAAGGGCCUGUCCCAGUCGGCUUUACCCUAUCGACGCAGCGUCCCCACUUGGUUGAAGUUGACAUCUGACGACGUGAAGGAGCAGAUUUACAAACUGGCCAAGAAGGGCCUGACUCCUUCACAGAUCGGUGUAAUCCUGAGAGAUUCACAUGGUGUUGCACAAGUACGUUUUGUGACAGGCAAUAAAAUUUUAAGAAUUCUUAAGUCUAAGGGACUUGCUCCUGAUCUUCCUGAAGAUCUGUACCAUUUAAUUAAGAAGGCAGUUGCUGUUCGAAAGCAUCUUGAGAGGAACAGAAAGGAUAAGGAUGCUAAAUUCCGUCUGAUUCUGAUAGAGAGCCGGAUUCACCGUUUGGCUCGAUAUUAUAAGACCAAGCGAGUCCUCCCUCCCAAUUGGAAAUAUGAAUCAUCUACAGCCUCUGCCCUGGUCGCAUAAAUUUGUCUGUGUACUCAAGCAAUAAAGUGAUUGUUUAACUAAAA